AGUGAACUGUGUGUCGCCCAGUUGCUAAGCUGCAGCGGAGGAGCAACCAGACUGUCAACAAGUUGUCAACAAUCAGCGGCUGAGACGGAUUAACGUUAAACUUCAACCUGCUCUCCGCUCGUUACCGGCGGCGGACACACGGAGGUGGACCUCUGUCCCUGCAGCUCAGCGCAGACGGUAAAUGAGGAGCUGAUGUCUGAACCCGCUGAUGCCGACUGAACUUCAGGAAUAACUCUCAGCAGUGGUGCGCCAGUUCAAACACAGCAGCCAGUCUCCCAGUGUGACCAGUAUGGCUGCAGCCAGCGCCACCAAGAUCUCAUGGAGACUGCAGGAGUUCGAGGCUCACUCCAGCACUGUUUCCUGUUUGGCUCUGGGGAAAAAAAGCGGCCGCCUGCUGGCUACAGGAGGAGAGGACUGCAGGGUCAACAUCUGGACUGUCAGCAAGGCCAACUGCAUCAUGAGUUUGACUGGUCACAAGAACGCAGUGGAGUGUGUCCAGUUCACCUCAUCAGAGGAGCAGGUCGUCACCGGCUCACAGUCCGGAUCAAUACGAGUCUGGGACCUGGAGGCUGCCAAGAUUUUAAGGACUUUGAUGGGACACAAAGCCAACAUCACCAGUCUGGGCUUCCAUCCGUUUGGAAACUUCCUCGCCUCGAGUUCCAUGGACACAAACAUCAAGCUGUGGGACGUUCGGAGGAAAGGUUAUGUGUUUAGCUACAAGGGUCACACUCAGGCAGUGAGGAGUCUGGCCUUCAGUCCAGACGGGAAGUGGUUGGCUUCAGCCAGCGACGACUGCACCGUCAAGCUGUGGGACCUGAUUCAGGGGAAGACCAUCACAGAGUUUAAAUCUCACACUGCAGCCGUCAACAUCGUCCAGUUUCACCCCAACGAGUACCUGCUGGCAUCAGGCAGCUCCGACAGGACUGUCAAGCUGUGGGAUCUGGAGAAGUUCACCAUGAUCGGCUCGUUGGAGGGAGACACGUCUCCGGUCAGGUGUGUGUUCUUCAGCUCGGACGGCAGCUGUCUGUACAGCGGGGCCACAGACUCUCUGAGGGUCUUUGGCUGGGAGCCCAACCGCUGCUUCGACGUGGUGCCAGUGGGCUGGGGGAAAGUCUCUGACCUGGCGGUCUGCAACCAGCAGCUGAUCGGCGUGUCUCACCAGCUCUCCACUGUGUCUGCCUACGUGGUCGAUCUGAAGCGGGUGAAGAAGAACGGCGGUUCUGUGAUUCAGGGGAUCAUCCAGGACAACCAGCCGCUCACUGAACCCAAAGAUCCCAAAGGAGCUGCGCUCCGCCGCAACUACGACAGACCCACGACCACCUGCAGUGCACAUAGGGUGAAGCAGAGUUCAGAUGCUGAUAGGCGGAGCCCUGAAGGUGAGAGGCGGAGCCCCAGUGAGGACGAGGCGGACGAGAAAAUGUCGUCAGCUGAAAUCCACAACGCAGAAGACUUUAAGGAGAUUUUCCAACCCAAGAACGUCAUCUCUCGAACUCCUCCGAAGAUCUCGGAACCUUUUCCUGCUCCUCCAGAGGAUGAAACUAUAUUAGCGUUCGGCCGUCAGAUGAAGGACAUGAUAACGUCUUUUCCCAACAAGCAGCAGGCUCCUUUGGCCUCCUCCACACCUGUCCAGAGGGUGGAGCCUACAGUGGUUUCCUGUGCAAAGCGCCCCGCCCCCUCAGCUGUCAGCCCGGUGCCCUCAAACCCCCCCACCUCCGGCCCGCCUCCUCCUCCUCCUCCUCAGCCUUCCGUCACCACAGCGAAGUCUAAACCACAACCUAAAAUCAUCCUCAGCACCAGGAAUGAGCCCAUCGGACUCAACGUGGCUGACUUCCUGCCCUCUUCCCCCAACAACAGAGGCGGAGCUCUGAGCGACGAGGAGGCUCUGUCUCAGAUCAAGAAGGGUCACGACACCAUGUCUGUGAUGCUGAGCAGCCGACACAAGAACCUGGAGACAGUCCGAGCCGUGUGGGCCCGAGAGGACAUUAAGGUGAGACUCUGUGACCAGUCUCUGUGGAAACUCGACCUGUGCACGACCAUUCUUCCUCAGAUUGACGAACUGCUGCAGAGUAAAUACGAGAGCUACCUGCAGACCGGCUGCACAUCUCUGAAGCUGAUCAUGAAACAUUUCUGGAUGCUGAUCUCAGACACGCUGAAGGCGGCGCCCUCCGUCGGAGUUGACAUCACACGAGAGGAGCGGCACAACAAGUGCAGAGCGUGCUGCAAGCAGCUGAAGAAUCUGAGCAACAUGGUGAAGAACAAGGCGGCGCAGGUCGGCCGUCACGGCAGCGCCUUCAAAGAGCUGCAGCUGCUCAUGGCGCCGCUCGACGACUCGCUCUGAGACAGGCCGACAGUUUCUACUGAUGACAUCAUCUCUGGACAGAUCAGCUGACACGCAGCAGGACAGACAGA